GGAAGAGGGGCGUGGUACUAUUGGCUGCUGCGGGGAUGCCGGCUGAGCUCUGAUUGGCUAAUGGUGUGAGUUGCUGAACCUGGUGAGCGUAGGGACGAAGAACAGAAACCAAGAAGGGCGAAACUCGUUCGUGACCACAGGAGGGACGUGCGCGGCAGCGAAGGCCAAACCAAAUCGUUAUCUGGAAAAGUCGCCCCUUGCAGCUCGAGAUCCUGAAGUCAAAAGAGAAUGGUAGAUCUUCCUGAUGUAGCUUCUGUGGCUUCAAAGCUGAAAAAUACACUCAUCCAGUACUACAACAUUGAAGAUGGUGAAUGGAGAAUUACUAAGAAAACAAGAGAUACAACGGUUUGGCGGAAGCCAUCAGAAGAAUUCAAUGGAUACCUCUACAAAACACAAGGAAUUGUGGAGGAUGUCACCAACAGGAUAGUAGAUCACAUUCGUCCUGGACCCCAUCGACUCCAUUGGGACAGUUUAAUGACCUCAAUGGACAUUGUGGAUGAGUUUGAAAAGAACUGUUGUAUUAUGCGUUACACCAUUGCUGGUCAAUUGUGGAACAUCAUUGCUCCAAGAGAGUUUGUUGAUUUCUCCUGCACAACAGACUAUGAAGAAGGCCUUCUGUCAUGUGGUAUUAGCCUGGACUAUGGGGAAGUAAGAGCGAAUUGCGUCCAAGGAUUUAACCACCCUUGUGGCUGGUUCUGUUUCCCACUCAAGGACAACCCUAGACACAGCCUGUUGAUUGGUUUUAUCCAGACAGAUCUGCGUGGGAUGCUCCCCCAGUCUGCAGUGGACACAGCUACAGCUAGUACACUAGUUACUUUUUAUUCUGAUCUCAGAAAAGCUCUGAAAGUGUAGUCGGUGCUGACCUCAAACUCUGUGUGUCUCUUGUAAUCUUCUGCACCUUGUAGUAGAUUCUCCAAACAUAGGAUAGAUUGGAAGCUUCCUGCAUGAAGGUCUGUAGUAUUAUCCUUAGAGGUGCCAGUAAUCCCAUUUGCACAUACCAACCGAAAGCACAUUUACACUGACGUUAUAACCAAUGAGUUCGCUUCUUGGAAAGGAUUUUUUUUGGGGGGGAGGGGUUAUAGCCCUGAAAGUCCAUAUGAUUUUUCCAGAUAAUGCAUGGAAAAUGCAUGAGCCCUAAUUUUAAGACAUGAUUUGUAUUCAUUACUUUGUUGUCUGAAUAUACACAACCCUUUAAAGCUGUUGGAAACAUUGAUUUCAUCUCAUUCAUUUCAGGCAGACUAUAUUAAGAGCAUAAGAAGAGCCCUUCUAGAGUAGACCAAAGGCCCAUCAUCCUGUUGCCCGUGGUGGACAACCAAGUACCUUGACUUAAAUGCACAGAUUCAGAGCUAACUGGACUAUGAAUCAGUUCUCAUUGCCUCUGAAUGGGCAUCUUUUGCACAUCCCUUGGCUCUUGGUAAUAUUAUAUGCAGGUAUACAUCUGGAUGCACAUUUGCUUAUCAGGUGCAUUAUGUGAGGCAUCCAUAGUGUGGAUAGACAUUGCAAUCCACAUUGCAAUGAGAAAGGGAACGUGCGUUGCCAACCACUGCCUUCGGUUGCGCAUGUGUUAGGUUGUGACAAUAUCUGGAUCUUUAUAUAAGUAUUUGACUGUCAUAGGAGUAGACAACACAAAUGAAGCCUGAUAGUUUAAAAAGCUGACUGACCUCAAUGGCUUUUGAAGACAAAGGUAAUCUUGUUACAUCUAGAAUGCUGUAUAUGAAAUUUAAUUUUAAUCCUUCCCCCCCCCAAAAGUAAACAAAAAUACAUUAGGAUACAGAGCUUGAGAUUUGUGCAUGGUUUGUUUAAUUGGACCACUGAACUCUGAAAAUGUCUUCA